AUGCAAAACACGCCAUUCUUAUGGUAUGUCACCGGGCAACUUGACGAUCUCGACGAAUUGGUUAAGGAUGCGAACAACACGAGGAAUAUGAAAAAGAUCAAGCGGUCUUCGAUUUUAACAAUACGACAGAGAUACAGCAUGAUUGUUCUGAGAUCGACA